ACAGAUACAGCUUUUGUAUACCCUGCACCGGAGAGAGACAGAGACGUAAAGAGGGAGAGUAGAGAGCGAGAGAGAGAGAGAAAGAGAGAGAGAGAGAGAACCACUCAUCUAUCCGCAGUGUUAUCCACCUGGUGAUGUGGAGAUGGAGCCUCCUCAACACAAGGUGAGCUUUGAGGGGGCAGAAAGCAGACCAGCCCCACCCACCACUCUGCCUCUGAAAGGUGAUGGGGGCUCAGGUUCUCAAAGGAAAAAACUUUCAGCUCCUCGGAUCAGUCUUUCACUGGAUCAUAGUGAGGAUGACCUGUUUGACACACCUGAUGAUUUGGACAUUAAUGUGGAUGAACUGGACACACCUGAUGAAGCAGACCUUCUGGACUAUACCGACAACGAGAUUGACUGGGAGGAGCCUAGGGUAUCACAGAGUGUUUUGGUAAGGGAGGAGCCUGAACCCAUUCCCACAUACAGUAAUGAGGAGGAACGGCAGGAUUCCAGUCUCUGGAGGACUGUCAUUAUUGGUGAACAAGAGCACCGCAUUAACAUGAAGUGUAUUGAACCCUACCAAAAAGUCAUCUCACACGGAGGCUACUAUGGAAAUGGUGUGAAUGCCAUUAUUGUGUUUGCUGCUUGUUUCCUUCCGGACAGUGAUUGCGAGGACUACCAUGAUAUAAUGGAGAACCUUUUCCUGUAUGUGAUUAGCACAUUGGAGCUGAUGGUAGCAGAAGACUACAUGAUCAUAUACCUCAAUGGAGCCACUCCUCACCGGAGGAUGCCUGGUCUUGGCUGGCUGAAAAAGUGCUACCAGAUGAUUGACAGGAGGUUAAGAAAGAACCUGAAAUCAUUUAUUAUCGUGCAUCCUUCCUGGUUCAUUAAAACUAUCCUAGCCAUCACCAGACCCUUUAUUAGUUCAAAGUUUAGCGGCAAGAUUAAGUACUGUAACACUUUAGCAGAACUGGAAGAGCUAAUCCCAAUGGAAUAUCUCCAUAUACCUGAAUGCAUCACCAAGGUUGAUGAUGAGUUACGGGAAGCAGCAGAAAACUCGAAGAUCAACAGCUUUUUACAAGGACAUGAUGUAGCAGAGGAGGAACCUAUAGACCAACCCAGUGUAAACAGAUUAGGUGGCAGAAGAGGAAUGCAUGGACAGUAUCAGUGAAUAUUUGAAGCUGGAUCACACUAAUGUGCUUAUAUUCUAUUCUCUUCUGGUACUUGGAUCAAUCAAUUGCCCAAACACAGUUCACAUUAGCAGAUUAGAAACUACUGCAUUCAUUAUUUAAAGGAGUUCAAGAACAGACCACUAAAACAAACAAAAAAAAUCAUUGCAACCAAACAGCUUCUCACAUAUAGGGGAAGGAUUCCAAAGCUCUUUAGUAUUUGUUAUUGAGUGUUCUCCCUCAUUUGUUAGAUACAGUUGUUCUUCAAACAUUUGGGCACCCUUGGCCAGAUUACAGAAUAGAACCUUUGUCACAAACUAUUUAAAAGUAGUUUUUGUGACAGUUCUUUUUUCUAUUUAAUUAACAUGAAAAAU